CUUUAAAUAGGAAAAUGCCAUCCGUAAAUAAUCUUUCCUCCUACCCGAAACGACUGCGUUUAGCAGACGUUUUGUAUGCAAAUUUGCUACUUCCCGUGUCCAUUAGAUUUAAAAGAGGACGAAACAAACCACUUGGCACCAAAACUUUCUUCGCUUUUUUUUUUUUUUGCCAUUGUUUCCUCUCCUUACUGAUUUAUUAUAAAACUUGUUGGCGUUGAAGAGGAGAGGACUAAUCGGUCGUGUAACUUCACUUAGAUACUGCAGCAUCGUCGAAGAUAUCGUCCUGAUUCUCACUUUCUGGGGCAGCAGAUUCAAGAAAGUUUGAUUUCGAUGGCUUCUUCAGAAGUCAAUACUUAUUCAGUACCUACUCAUGGCGAUGAUGAUGAUGAUACAUUCUCAAAAGAAGGCUCUUCCCAUGCUCCUGCUGAUGAUGCUAACUCGGCUCUGUUUCAAUCUACACCACCAGCAAUGUCUAGUACCAAGAACGUUCCGCAACCUCCACCUCUUCCUUGCGUAACCUACCACCGUCUUCGAGCUCACGGAAGCAGACCUUCUUCGUGCUCAUCAUCAUCAUCACGCCUUGUGCCCAAAGAAACGGUCGAAACUUGGGAUAAGCUUUUCAAACAAGGAACCGGAGCAGAUACAUACGUUGAAGUCGAUAACACGUCUCAUUUUCUAGCCCAUUCAUGCAUCCUCGCUGCAGCGUCACCUGUCAUGCCACAGCUUCUAUAUGGAUCAAGGGAUAAAAAAGGAAACGCACACCUCAAAUUCUUUGGAGUGCCUCCCGAAGCUGUCUACAUGUUCAUUCGGUUUCUCUACUCUUCAUGCUACGAGGAGGAAGAGAUGAAGAAGCAUGUUCUCCCUCUGCUGGUUCUCUCACACUGCUACUCGGUCCCAUCUCUCAAAAGAGUUUGUGUAGAGGUUCUCUAUCAAGGAUGGAUCAACAAGGAGAAUGUGAUCGACGUGCUCCAACUAGCACGUAGCUGCGACGCCACGAGGAUCAGCUUUGUAUGCGUCUCAAUGGUCGUCAAAGACUUCAAGUCUAUAUCUUCAACGGAGGGGUGGAAAGUGAUGACGCGAGGUGAUCCUUUGCUAGAACAAGAGCUUAUCGAAGCAGUGGUGGAAGCAGAUGCUAGGAAACAAGAGAGAAGGAAGAAACUAGAGGAGAGGAGAAUGUAUUUGGAUCUUUACGAAGCUAUGGAAGCUCUUGUGCACAUAUUCAGAGAAGGUUGUGGGACGAUAGGGCCUCGAGACAAAGCUCUUAAAGGAAGGCAAAGCGUGUGUGAGUUCUCUGCUUGUAAAGGAGUUGAAGGUGCGCUCAGAAAUUUCUUGGGAUGCAAGUCUAGGGCUUCGUGUGCUCAUUGCAAACGGAUGUGGCAGCUUAUUCAGCUUCACUCUUGUCUCUGCGAUAGUUCUGAUUCUUGCGAGGUCCCUCUCUGCCGGAGCUUCAAGGAGAAAAUGAAGAAGAUCGGUAAAAGAGAAGAAUCUAAAUGGAGAUUGCUUGCGGAAAACGUUAUCACAGCUAAGAAGAGUCUUGGCCCAUUCUCUUCAAGCCGUUCUGCUUUGAUAUAAGAUAGGUUUUUAGAGUCAUUGAAGUGUAAAUAUAUACGAGGGAGAGCGCCAUAAUACUUCUAUGUGCGCAUAUUGCGCAAGAACAAGUCGUUUUGGACUAAACAGUCUUUACCAUGUUGGUGGUUACUUUUCUAUAUACAUGUUUAGUCAUGAUC